AUGGCGGAACUGUCCAACCAGCAGCGUUUCUUUCACUAUUUCCAGCAGGAGAUCACAGCCCUUCAGGAGCAGAUGGACCGACUCGCCGACACUGCCCUCAUCGGUGGCGAACGUUCAGACGCAACUGAUCACUGCCUCGCAGGCAUCACGCGACUCUCCUCCGAAGUCAAGGAUGCUUCGGGUUAUCUCCCAUCCUACGACCAAAGGACAUAUGCCCAGGCCGUCCAAGCACUCCAAGAGAAACUCGAAGAAUCCAAACAGACCUUCGCUCCCAAACCAAAGUUCUCCUUCAAAUCUACCCACAAGAGUCCUUCGGCUCUCUCCUUGAGCGAUGCCGCUGAGCUAGCUGCUCAGAAGCGCCGAGAUAUCCCUGGCUACCUGUCUCCCAGCUCCCAAGACACCCCGAAUGCCUCCUUUCCCAACACUCCGCCCAACGAGAAAUCGUCCUCCUCGGGUCAGAUUUCAUCAAGCACCGCGGAGAAAACUGGUAUCGACGAGGAAGAUGACGAAGGCCUGACGACCAAAGACCGACCUGCACUGUCCACAACCGCGACCUCCAUCUCGGUCGCGAAUCAAAAGAACACGCACAUCAUCCUCCCAUCCACCGCCCUCCAUUCGCAUACGCCUUGUAAUCUUCAACGCCUCAGCAGUUGUGUCGUCGACCUGUCCGUGCCCAGCACCGCCACUAGCCCGUUCGCGAGCUUGACGAUCAACUCCACUACCGCCUCGCUCUUGGUCUGCGGCUCCGUCGCAGGUCCAGCCCACAUCACCGGCCUCAAGAACAGUGUACUGGUACUGAAAGCCAGACAGUUUCGAAUGCAUGAAUGUCAGGACGUUGAUGUCUAUCUACACUGCAGCAGCAGACCCAUCAUCGAAGACUGUAAAGGCAUCCGUUUCUCCCCUCUGCCCAAAUUCGAGACCGACCUCCUAGCAUCUUCCCAGCCCCACUCAGACCAACAAGCCGAGCCAGCAAAUCAGUGGGACCAAGUCGACGACUUCAAAUGGAUCAAAUCAGAGCCUUCGCCAAACUGGUCCAUCUUGCCGCCCGGGGACAGCAUCCCCGAUGAGACGUGGCGCGAAGUCGUACCGGGCGGACCAGGCUGGAGCACCACGCAGAUCCUCAAGGCCGUUGGCAUCACGGGUUGA